CAAUAUGCGCAGAGUAAACACACGAAGAGCCAUGAGAAUCGCACGAAAGCACAGCAAAAAGAAAGAAAAGCGGAACAAAAACAAAUAUUGUCAAAAUAGCAACUGAAAUGCUUACAAGCUGCUGAGCCUCAGUCUAAAUUCAUCGUCGAUCGGCGUCGUUGAAUGCCUCGCGCUGCUGCGAGCGUGUUUCCUUCGCUGUGAGUGUGCCGUGAGUGUGCGUGCGUGCGCGCGCGCCUUGUCUCUGUGUGCGUGUGUGUGUGUGUGUGUGUGUAUUGUGGUGUGCCGUCUCUGUGGCGUGAAAUAUAUAUAUAUAUAUUGAUAUAAGCAUAUAUAUUUAAUGCGAUAUCUGGCGCUAGACGCGCGUAAAAAGUGGAAAGUUUGUUAAAUCGACUUAAACGAGCUACGAGAAACGCGAAACAUCAACAACUAAGUAACAACAAAUAAAUAAACUAACAAAAACACAAACGAAAGAAAAAAAACAAGAGCAAACGAAAGCAAAUUGAUUUUUGGUGCAAACAAUACACAAGAAAUACGUGUCAUAAAUCAUAAGCAAUAAUUUGUGCUAAAUCCGUUUCAAACUUAAAAUGUCAGCCAUAAAUUCAAGCAAAGGAUUUCACUUAAUACAAUUGCAGCUGCUCUAAACGUUAUGGCCAGCAUGCAACGCUCUAAAUGACAACACGAUCCCAAAAAGUUCGAACUCGCUUUGUGAUAAACCCAAGUUGAAUAAAGUACGCGCCAAGUAGUUAAUAUAUUUAUGCCAUAUACUUUUAUAUAUAUAUUUAAUUAAUUACCAUACGUAACUCUUUUUAGUUUAUUGAAAUUCAGUUAGUGAGACUUUGAGACAGAACAACAACCAUAUAAAAGACAAGUUGACACUGCAAGAACUGUAACUGCAACUGUAACUGUAACUGCAACUGCAACUGUAAUAGAACUCCCCAAUUCUCGAAAAGAAAAGACACGCCCCCUUAAAUCGAUAGUUAACACAUUUAGUUAGAGCUUAUUAACUUGAUAGCCUUAUUAGUUAAGGAUUAGCCGGAGCGCUCUGAAUAAUAAUUCAUAGAGAGCUGCCACCAUGUCACAUGGGUACAUUGAGGAAUGUACGUAAUAUAUCCCGCCGAUGAGCUCAUCUUAAUGACAUAUGGUCUCCUUGCACCGCCUGUGAAACCGCGACCCACACUCGACUGCCUGCGCGAGCCGCUCAUACCCCUCGAGUAUCCAGCGAGAGCCGCAACCAGCUCCAGCUUCAACGUCAACGUCAAAGGCAAAGGCAAAGGCAACGCCAAAACCAACGUCAACUUGAUAAGCGCCGCCGCCACCAGCUAUCCGAACGACUCGUAUAUAGCACAGUGGUCGCCGUCGGGCUUAGCCACAGGUGUCACCAGAGCACAGCCCAUCCCGUCACGCAUUCCCACUACGAUAGCGGCGCCCACGCCGUCCAAUUCACCACAGGGACAGCCGCAGUUGCCGCAGUCGCCGCUCGUCGAGGCCGGCAAUAACUUUUUUAGCUUUGAGCCGCCUUUGACGGCUGUCCAGUUACCGCAGUCACAGAGCCUGCCACCCACGCCCACACGACGCACAUCGCGCGCCUCCUUGACGCACUCCAACAACAACAACAACAACAACUCCGGCGGCAGCAAGCGGUCCAGUGUACGCAGCAAUCGGUCGCAGGCGCCGCUCUCGCCCAGGCUGCUGCCGCAUCAGCGUCCAUUGAGCACGUCCAUGUAUAAUAAUGAUGCCAACAUGCAAGGCGGCGGCAACUCUGCAUCUGGACGCCCACCAUUCCAGCGCAGCGGCAGCGCAUUCGAUGAGGAGGGACGCAUGAUCGAUUAUGGAGCAGCAGCGUCUAGUGCUCUGGUCACGGCACGUUCGCGCAGUCCCAGCGUAUUCUUGGAGCCACCCUCGCCCGAUCCCACACAUGCACACUUCGGGCCCGGCUGGGGGCGACCCAUGUCGCCCAUGGAUCUGCCGCCGGAAUGUUCAGCCAGCAGCAGUGGGCCCAGCAAAUCGCCGACCGCCACCAAAUCCCGUUUGCGGCCCAAGCUGCACAUACCGCUGGGCCGACUCGGCCGAUCCACGUCGUCGGAUACGCGUGAGCGCGAGAGCAAUCGGCUGCGCGAGGAUGUGCAUGUGCAUGUCGAGAAUCCGGUCUUCAGCAGCGAGAACCUGCGCCAAAACAACUUCGAUGCAUUUUUUGAGGCACGCGAGCCGGUCAUCAAGCUGCAGCCGCGCACGCCAAACACGGCGACAGCGGACGGACGCGCCCAUUCGCCGCCGCUGGAGAACUGUGCGGGUGUUUAUGGCACGCCGCGGACGCGAACUCCAGCUGGGGGCGCAGGCGGCGGCGGCGGCGGUCUGUUUGCGCGUUUGUCGCGCGAGGAACGGGCGCGUGCGUUCAAUGCGCGCUCCCGCAGCGCGGAGCAUUGGGAUGAGGCGGGUGGCGCUGGUGCUGCUGCUCCGGCGCCAGGCGGUGGUGGUGGUGCUGCUCCGGCCAGCGCUGGUGGCGGUGCGGCGCACUCCAAAGAUUCUUUGGCAAAAUCUUCAAGUGGUCGAAAAAAUCGUAAGUUCUUCGGGUGGAGGGGACCACGCGGUGGUUCCCUUAGCCCACAGGGCAGCAUGGCGUCCUACCAGGGUGUGCUCAAGGAUUACAGUCACAGCAGCUUGAACGAGGCUUUCAAAUCCCAAAACAAUGUCAACUUUAAGUUAAUUAAAACAGUAUCCGAUUUCAACGAAUCACUUUCCCAAUUGUAUGAGGAACAUGCAACUGCCCUUCAAACUUUAGUGUCCAAUUAUCGCAAAAAGAAUGCCGAGCUGCGCAAGGAAAGACCCGCCUGCCAUCUGGCCGUUUUUCAGGCAUGGGAAACAUUCCUGCAGGAAGCGGAAACCGACUCGCAGGCCUGCAACGAUGUGGCCAGCGUGCUCUCCCGCCAGGUGUCGCGGCCAAUGCUGGAUAAAUCCUUUCAUCGCAAAGUUCAAAGUCGCAAAAUCUUUACACACAGGGAGUCUUUUGAGACUAUAAUCGCAAAGACUGAAGAGAAGCUGUCAAAGUGUCGCCUGGACUACAAGCAGUGCCACAUGGCACAUCGCCAGAAUCCCAGCCAGCACUCGCUCACCGAAUAUAUUGAUGCGCACAAUGCGUACGUGCAGCAGUUGCAUGCCACCAAUGGCAUGCUGGAGGCCUAUCACGGCGACACAUUGCCACAAUUGAUGCAGGAACUGGAGGAGAUACACAACGACCUAUGCAACAUUGUUUCCGAUUCGCUGCUGCAGGGCGCCGAUGUAAUUGCCAGCAAGGCCGCGGAGCAGGCGAAGCGCUACGGCUGUUUGGCCAGCCAGUGUAGCGCCGUCUCGCCGCAACAGGAUCUGAUAAAUUUUGUGCGUUUGCUGGCGCAGCCGUCGCAGGCACAGAAGGUGCCCAAACGCGUCUUCGCCCCACCACAGGCACAGCAGCCGGGCGAGCCAGCCGAGGAGACGGGUGACUAUAAUGAGAUGACACCCAUUUUGCGCAACGAGCUCGUCUUUGACCGGCACUCGACGCUGUCGCAGCGCUCCGCACUGGAGUCGCUUAAGCGUGAGGCAAUCGAAUUGGAAUUGCAAAUACGUCAGCUGCAGGACUCCAUUGAUGCACUGAAUCGCACUCAAACACGCGGCAUUGAGGGUCAACUGUACAACAAGGUUAACGAGCUCCAGGAGGAUUUGUCCAUGAAGAAAUUUGAUUUGCGCGCCAAGCAAAUACACCUCGCUGCCAUACGUGCACAGAAGGAGUUAUUCGUUAGCAAAGUUGAGCCAACUUCGCCGCGCAACGAACGCAAAUUCUCGGCCGCCACAGCGCCAUCGAUGAAAACAAAGUGGCUGAAAGCAUUUAAGAGCCUAAAGCCGGCGGGUUCUGGUUCAGCAACACAAGCAGAUAGCCAACCACCCCGACAAAAUCAAAUGUACCACGCCGUAUCAACCGUUCUGACCUUGAGGCGUAAUGGUGCCUCGAAUGCCCCAUCGGAAUCGCUGCGCCCCAACCUGGACGGCAGCCAUCAUCUGCAGGAGUACACGUACAAAAAGAUAACGGCUUGUGAUGUCUGCUCGCAAAUUUUGAGAGGCCACACACGUCAGGGCCUGCGUUGUCGCAUCUGCAAGCUGAAUGCCCAUGGAGAUUGUGCUCCGAAUUUGCCACGCUGUCAGCCGAAACAGAAGCUGCUGCGUCGCCAGAAGAGCACCUCGGAGCUGGAGAAUCGUGUUGAUAUCGAGGAAGAAACCGCCGUCGCCGCCGCCGCUGACAAAACCGUCCACGUGCCGGGCAAACAAACGUUGGACGGAGGCAGCAGCAGCAGUGUCGGAGCAGGAGCCCUCGGACCCGGAGCCGGAGCCGGAGCUCCGGGCGCGGCGAGCACAGUCUUGCCGCUGCAGCCGCUCGCCAGCAGCGCCGUGGAACGGCUGCCCAUCGCCGAUAUACCCAUUGUCAAUGUGCCGGAGCCGUUGCUGCCGGAGCCACAGAUCCAUCAGCAGCAGAUCCAUCAGCAGCAGAUCCAUCAGCAGGCGCAUCAGCAGCACCAGCGCAGCCUGGCAUCGGUUGCCCAGGCGGCAGCGGUGCGCGCCGGCCGUGGUGUUCGUCCGCCGCCCGUGGCCAUGCCCAUACUGGGCGUCCAGCUGCAACAACAGGAGCUGCAGCAGCAGCGCGGCGGUCUGCCGGUGCCCACACAAGAUAUCUCUAGUAGCUCAGCACCGCACUCACCGCGCCGGCAAAAGUUGAACUUACGCAUGAAAUCGUUGAGCUUGGACUCACCCGAAUCCUCGGAGCUGCACGGUCAGUUUAGGCGCCGCCAGCAUCUGCCGGCAACGGCCGCCUCGACAUCCAGCGGCUACUAUCAUGGCGGCUCGGGAGGGCAUCUGGAGCACAGUACUCCCCCAUCGAACAACAGCCGGCUGCACUCGCCAUCGAGCCCCUCGCAUCCGGGCCGCAAGCUUCUGUAUGCCACGCGCGGCAUGCGCGGCGGCAGCGUCGAUUUGCCCGAUGAAAUGGAGAAAUCGCAGUCCUCGGCCAGCACAUCGCCAUGCCUAUCACCUAAAUCACAUCGUCUGCUGCCCACCAAUUUGUAUGUCAUACUCUACAACUUUAAGGCGCGGCAUGCCGAUGAACUGGACCUCAAGGCCGGCUACAAGGUGACAGUCAUCGAUACCUCCGAUCCGGACUGGUGGAAGGGCAAAGUGCUGGGACGCGUCGGUUUCUUUCCAUCCAAGUAUUGUGUGCGUCUCAAUGCCAACGAGAAGCCGCUCCAGGUGACGCACAAUCUCCAGGUCUCCGAUGGCGAACGCGGCGAGAAUAUGACGCUCCUACGCGACCAGAUUGUCAUACAGACUGGCGACGAGGUAAAUGGCAUGGUCAUGGUGCGUUCGGCGGACAAUCGUCAGGGCUAUUGUCCCAUCAAGUAUCUGCAGGAGGUGUGACAGCCAGAAGAGGAAGAGCCGCCAGCAAAAUCAUCAAUGCAAACGUCGCGUGCCGCCGGAGCGGGCGACAAGACCAAGCGUAGAAUUAGAAUUGUAGUUACCGAUAAUAACAAUUUAGCCAAUAGCAGCUCAAUGCCCAUAACCCACACACACACACACAGUCACACACACACACAUUCGCAGUCACAAGCGCAGACAUCGCCCAGCCGGGAGACGAAGCGCCUGAACAUCGAGUACAGCGAUGCCGAUGCGGGCUUCACCUGGGACAAGGACAGGGAUGUACUCAUACUGUCCGGGCGCAACAAGAACGACAAGAACUGGGAGAACUGGGAGCGGAUACGGGAGCAAAAGCUGGAGAAGAUGAAGAACAUCUGCUUCGAGAGCUAUCGCCAGUCGAAGCGGGACAAACUGCUGCUGGCCAAGCCGAAGCCCAAGCAGCUGGACUCCACCUGGUAUACGGACAACAUCUACUCGAAUCGUUCCGACGAUCUGGACGAGGACUAUGUGCCCGAUUGCCUCAAAUAUGGCAGCUACAGCAAUCGCAUUCUGCGCGACAUACGCGAACAGGACGAGAAAUACGCAGACGAUGCGCUGCCCAUGCGGGAGCGUCGCGGCGAGGGCGAAGGCUCGCCCGGCUACGGACUGCAGCGUUCGAAGAGCUGCAAGGAGUUUCAAUAUCCCAAAUCGCAGAGUUGUUGCUUCGAGGGCAACGUCUAUGAGUCGGGUGGCCCAGGCGCUGGAACAAGCGCAGGAGUCGGGCCCGGGACGGCCACAACCACCUCGAUACUGAAGAAUCGCGCGGGCGUGCCCAAAUCGUAUUCGUUCAGCGCGUCCACCAAGACGAUGCCCUUCGACAUCAUUGACUACGAGCUGCCGCCCGCCUCGAAUACGCGACGCGACAAGCGCGAGGCAUACAGACGCACCAUGAAUAUGCUGUAUAGCAACAGCUUGGAUGAGCGCGCAAUGGCGCAUAGCUGCUGUGGGCGGGAGCAGUGCACCAGUGCCAAGUGCCUGCUGGAUGAUAUUUAUGCCGGCUCCAGGCGCCGGCUGGGCGAUGUCUAUGGCGCCGCAGCCGGCGCUGGCAGCAACAGGAAUCUGAAUCUCAGUCUGCGCUCGCCCGCGGAUUGGCUGUUUGAGGAGCGCGCAGAGGCAGAUCAUCGGCUGGGGCGUGGCCAGCAGCGUUUGCUGCCCGCAACCACCGUGAUCUGCUGCUGUGCGUCGGAGGACUAUUGCUGCCAUCGCCAGCCGCAGCACCGUGCGACAAGACGCACACCGCCGCACUGUCCGGGCCAUCAUCCGGCCGCCGAGGAGGAGGAGCACAUGCACUGUCGCUACGACACCGAUCUGGAGCAGUUCAUACGCGCCGAGCGCGAGCGUCUGCUGCUGCAGGACAAAUUCCUCGACGAGGACGAACGCUAUCUGGCCCAGUGCCACAUGGCAGCCAGUCCCAGUCGGCGCUAUCAGGCCCAGUAUCAGCGGCCCACGCGCAGCAAAUCCCUGCUGGAGGUGCAGCCGCCCAGUCUGUUCGACGAGGACAGCUGUUCCGAUACGACAGAGAUCGAUCUGGAGGAUUUCAAUAUUGAUCUGGAAAAGUAUUGGGAGCAGCUGGACAAGCCGCCCAGCCCCAUCAACAUGGACAUGCGCCGCAACAUGCACAGCAAUCUGAAGGUCAAGAAUGUCAACGUGCGCUGCUACAACAAUGGACAGCCCAUCGAUAUGCAUGACCGGGAGCACGAGCGGCUGAUGAUCAAGAAAUCGCUGCUCGAGGGCAUGCCGUCGCCGCCGCAGUUCGAUUCGAGCGGCUCCUCCAACAAUGGGGCGAACUACAAUUUUUUUGAGAAUCCCGCUGGGAUCCCAGCGCUCCACCAUCAGCAGGCACGUCAUCUGGGCGGCGCAGCGCCACCGGCACCGGCUCCAGCUCCAGUCUAUGGCUAUGGGCAUAAGGUAUAUCCGACAGCGGAUACGCUGCCCUCGUAUCAGUACAACAACUUUUAUCCGGAGCACACGACGCUAGGCGGCAGCGUGCUCACCCAACAGCCAACGGCGGGCAUACAUCACGCCUCCGCCGGCGGCCAUUCCGCCCUGAGUCUGAUCAACAACAUCUUCUCCAUAUACAAGCCGAACAAGUAUUCGCCCGAGAACUGUCAGCUGAACUACGAGAGCAAGCCGGAGCCGUGCAAGAAAAUGAAUGUGCCGAGCACAAGGCGACCCCUGGGCGCCGCCGCCGCCAGCAAUAUGCCACAUGGACACGACCCGUAUCUGCACUCGUCCAUGAAGCGACCGCUGCUGAUCAGCGCCGAUCAGCCGCACUUCAAGAUCAUACCCGAGAAGACCGGGCUCAAGAUCUCGCCCCUGCUGGCGUACGAUGAGUAUGGCGGCGGUGGCGACAAGUCGCACCACAGACUGACCAGCACGGCGCGACCUUUGAUGCUUCCGCACUGAUGGUGCUGGACCUUUCCGUGGUAUGGUAAUGGUAAUUAUUGUUAGUUAUGCUCACAGCGAUAGCCGAGACUCUCCAACGAGAGCAAACCAAAAGACUCGAGCGACUGAGUGAGGCAACAAGAACAAAAAAUCUAAGACCCAAACGCACUAAUUGGCCACCCCCGCCCGCCAGACCUGACUUGGGCUCGGCCCCAACUAUUGUUGUAGUGGCAAUCCCAGAAACCGCUCCCCAAUAUCCACAUCCGGAUCCCUAAUGCCAGCACAGGAAUGCUUCCGGUUGACGGCUUUGAGGAAGGGAGCAUUGAAGCAUCAUCUCAACGUUUGUCUGACACAAUUUUCACAGCCAACAACAAGCGAUAACAACAACAACAACAACAACAAACACCAUUCACCAACAACAACAACUGCGCCAUACCAUUGGAAAAAUGAAAGAACGACAGCACCACAAGGGACACGUCUUCUAGAUGCAACAGAAAUCGUAAGCUUUAAGAAUAAUGAGAAGAACUAACGAGUAAAAAGUAAGAAGUUAGAACUAACAAGUAACCUGCUACGAGUAAGAACUAAUGAAGUAACGAGUGGAAAGUUAUGCGGUAGAACUAACGAAGAGCCAAUAACGAGUUGAAACUCAAGAGUAUCAAGUAUCAAGAGUUAGAACUAACGGGUAAUCAUAACGAGUUAAAAAUAACAAGCAAUCAGUAACGAGUUAGAACUAACAAGUAAGAAGUGACGAAUCGGAUUGACGAGUAAAAUGUGAGGAGUAAGAACUAGUAAGUAACAAGCAACAAGCUAGUGGUAAUAAAUAACGAGUGGAAAGGAACGAGUAUCAAGUAACGCGUUAAGACUAACCGGGAACGAGCUGAAUCUAAAAGUAAAUAGUAACGAGUUAGUACUAACAAGUAAUUUGUAGCAAGUAUCGAGUAACGAGUUAGAAAUAACGAGUAAUCAGUAACGAGAUGGCACUAACGAGUAAUCAGUAACGAGUUAAAACUAACGAGCUAGAACUAACGAGUAAAAAGUAAAGAGUAACAAGUAACGAGUAGUUAAUAUGAAACCGGAUUAAGAAGUAGCUGCCAGCUCAGCUUUGAAUUUGACAUACGCAGAUACACACAUACAAAUACACACACAAAACACACUUACACCUAUGAACAAAUGUGCUUUUUAAUCGCUUGAGAAAUCGCCGCAUGUAGUUAUAUAAUACAUACAGGCAUACAUGGUAUUUGUAUGCAACACUAAUUUUUCGAGCAACUUUUAAGCAAUCAGCAGCGUAUUCUAUAUAUACAUAUAUAUAUACAUAUAUACACUUAUGUAUAUGUGGUACUUAUACUUAUAUAUGAUAGAAGAUUAAGUCAUUCAUAUCCGUGUUUCACAUUGUAUUUAGUGUUGAAAGCGAACGCAUAUUGUAUACCCUGUAAUACCCUUGUAGCAGCUAAGCAGAUUUUAUUACUACAACUAUUUGAGAAUAUCUUGAUAAACAUUUGAUGAUGAUUUGAGACAAAACGUUUUUAUUGCCACGAAAUUUUUUCUAUUUUUUAUACCAACAACUUUGAAAGCAAACUAAACAUAACCGAAGUUAAGAAAAAAAUAUAACUAAAAAUAUUAAAAAAAAAACUAAAACCUACUUACAAGCAAAAAAAAACAAGAAGAAAGUUCGAGAAGAGAAAUUCGAUAGUGGAACAUUUAUAAGGCUUGACUCUAUAAGUUGCGGCUUCUAGGCAUUGACAGAACUUAGUCUUAUACAAAAUACAACACAUGCAUACGCUAGUUGUGUGUAUGUGUGCGCUUUUUACAACAACAACAACACAAGAAGAAGAAGAACAAACCAACCACUAGAGAUCGUAUGUAUAUAAGAUAAAUACUACUUAGUAUAUAUGAAUAUUAUUAUGAUUGUACUUUUAUGAUGUAUGCGUAUCCACUGGCCUUAUUUAUUGACAAAGAAACAAACCGAAACUACAUUAACAAAUGUGCUGAAUUCUCACACACACACACACACACACACACACAGCAGACAAACACACAUACCCACACACACACAUACCCACACACACACAUACCCACACACACACACACGGACAUGCAGAAAAGUCACACAUUUGCACUUAAUAUAUGAAUUUAUUUGCGUACAACUUUUGAGAGCGCACUUGAGAUUUAAUUACAUUUAUUCAAAAUAUUUGUAAGGCUUUGCGUUAAUUUUGUUCAUUGUUUUGGCGUCCAAUUUUACAUGCGAAUAAAUAAGUAUUAACUAAAUUGUAGGCGCUAGAGAAAGUAACGAGUAGCGAGUAAGCUGUAACGAGUAGCGAGUAAGCUGUAACGAGUAACGAGAGCAUCGUAUUUGUAGUGCAUAAACUUAAGCGAAUGCAAACCAAACCAAAAAAAAAUAAGAAGAAAAAGCAAACACAUUUAGCACGUUCAAUUGUGCAAUAACUUUUGAAUUUGAAUUUAUUUUUAAUGACUUUUGAAAAACGAUAAAUCGAACGAGAAACAAAAAACUAGAGACAUUUUAUUAGACAUCGUUUUCUAACCACAUUGUUGUUGAACUACUCUAAACACUAACUGUACGAAUGUGUAUUAUUCUAAGUGUACCCCUAUGGCCUAUUAGUCAAUAAGUCUGCGGUUUUUCUAUACCAACAGAACAAAAGAUACAUAAAUAUUUGCUGCACCAAACAAACACUAAACACAUCGAGCACCCAUUUAAUUAUACGAUCUUUAGCAAAUAUUUAGUGAAUAUUAUAUUUGAAAUAUAUAGUAUAUAUGUAUAUGUAUAGCUCUACGAUCAUGUUAGGAGUUAAGACAAAUGUAAAAUGAAUGAAGUCGAUGAACAUGAAAACGCCCAAAUCUUAUGAGUAUGUAAUUUAAAUGAAAUAGAUGAAGAUGAGAAAGAAAAAUAGAGGACAACCCAAAAUAUGCGAACGCGAUGUUUGCUUUUCGCUAAACGAGUUACGUGAAAUGCUGAAAUUGGCAAUUAAGUAAAGUAUAGAAAUAACGAUAAAUAAAUCGAUACAAAUUUAACUAUAAUAAUAGCAGAUAAUAUUCUAGCAGCCAGGCUUACUGAAUCGAGUCGAAUGAAGUUCGAGUCCCCAACAAGAAAGCUGAUGAACUCAGUUGCUUUUGGGCUGUCAACUUAAUGCUUCAUUUUGUUUAGUGUAUAAUAUUGUUAUAGUUACGAUUACGAUUGAGAAUGAAUGUUAAUGCAGUCUAGAGUAUUUUGGUGUAGUAUCCCAAAAAGCUAAGUGAAUGGACAUACCUAAAAUGGAACUAUUUGUAGCAAAUAUACAACUAAAUAAAUAAAUCAAACACAAAAUACGAUACAUAUACAUAUGUAUACCAUAAGGGAACCCGGCAAAGAUAUCAGAGUGCAACUAACAUAUAUCAACAGGAACAAAAAAAAAAGAACAAAGCUAAGCAAAAACCAUUUAACAAUUAAACGCAUCUAGAGCGACAAACGCGUAAAUAAACUUAAAUCAAGCAAAUAAACAAUACGAAGAAAAUCAAGCAAAUCCAACAACAUAAAACAAAACGAAACAAAACUCAUUUAGCACUAAAUGCAAAUUAUAUGUGAAAAUUAUCCCUGCUCUCCCCCUUAAUUCUCCUCCAUUCAGCUGCCUUUCUUCGAGCCUUAUUCCAGCUGUUUGUAGCUAUCCCCACACAACUCACACACAUCAUUUAAUUUACCUGAAUAAAAACAAUGAUGUUAAAAUUCGAUGUAAACA